CAUAUCAUUAUCUUUGGUUUCCAAUGUAACUUUCUUCCGUUGGCACUUUUCGCUUCCUCGUUUCUCAUGUUACUAAUAUUCGGAUGGUUUCUAUGGCAGUUGCGGAACAGGAAUAUUGAAAUCCAAAAUAAUUAUCCACACCAAAUACUGCAUCGCAACUUUUUACAGACAUGCAUGUUUCGCAACUGCAGCGUUUACCUCGUGCCGUGUCUGCAUAUUCUUGAGCAAAUUGAUAGUUACCAGCCAAUGCCAUUUUCUUGGACUUAUGAACAGCGCCCCCAUUCUGACGAUAGAUGUCUGGACACAGAAAAACGAACAAUUGUCGUUUUUUUUAACUACAUUAUAUUGAAAUGAAUCUAGCAGAUGACACAGAAGAGGUGGAUGAAAAGUUUCUUAAGAUCAUCAUCAUUGGUGACAGCCUUGUCGGGAAGAGCUCUUUCGUUGAAAGUUUUAUCAACAGCAAGUUCAGACGCACCAAAACUGGUGUUGAUUUUGCUUUCAAGAUUGUAAAAUAUCAGGAUCAAGUUGUAAAGUUACAGCUAUGGGACAUUAAUGGUCAGCUCGAGAAAUGGAGCUCCAUCAGAAGACUGUACUACAGAGAUGCUUCAGCAUGCGUCAUAAUAUUUGAUGUGACGCAACGUAAAACAUUCGACAGCGUCGCUGAUUGGCGGAAGAAUGUGACGAUGUUAUCCAACGUGAGAUCUAUACCAUGUCUACUUCUUGCCAACAAGAUCGAUCUUCCAUCACCAAAUGUAAAUGAUGAGGAAAUUGAGGAACUGUGCAAUCAAAACGAUUUCAUUGGAUGGUGCAAGGUGUCUGUUCCAGACAGGAUCAACAUAGAAAAAACAAUGCAAUUCUUGGUGGAGAAAACUUUGAUAUCAAACGGAUGAAACCCGGCUGAAGCUUCCUACGGCGGAUGAAUUUACGGAAAACUUACUUACACGAAUCUAGCACAUGAACACAUUUUUACAAUAUUCAAAUUUGGCGUGAAUAGUUUUCAGUGAAAUAUGGCGCAUUUGGCAUAAUUUGUUGUUUAAACGCCAUUUUUUAAAGAAAAUAAGGUCAAGCAUUCUAAUUCAUUUGAUUCCGUUCAAUUCUAGUUUUGAUCUCGUUCUAUAUGUCUUUGUGCUUAAUCCAUACUGAAUGACGUAAAGUAAUAGUGAUGAUAAUAUGCAACAUUUAUACAGAGCUUAAUCCAUUUUUUUUCUAAGCGUUGCAAAUGAUUCCUCAGUUCAGGGGCGGAUCCAGGAUUUUUCGAUUUUUCGGGGGCACAUUUACCCGAGGAAAAAUUCGUCACUUUCAAAGGGGGGGGCACACUUCUGCUUUAAAGCCAUUUUUACAUUAUGAAUUUUAAAUAUGCCUCUCAAAAGGGGGGCAAGGGCCGGCUGUGUCCCCCCCCCCCCCCUUUGAUCCGCCAAAGCCCCAGUUAUAUACCACAGUCAUCUUAUCUGGCGUUUCCUUUCUUCCGGGUAUUCAUUUACAACACCAGCAUGCAGCAUGACCAGGGUGGAAUGUAGAGAGCAAAUGCAGAUUACCACCUUGCCAAAGGAUGCGAGAACUGCAGUAGAAUUUGAAUCCAAGACCCUGUGGUUCAAAGUCCGGAAACUUAUCUCCUGAACCACAACGAUUUAAAUGAAUAUCAGAGUUUAUUAUUGAGAAAUUUGUAUACGUACCGCGUGUGCUGCAAACCCCCCCCCCCCCAAAAAAAAGGAAUGUUUAAAUGUAAUAUCAAUGAAUUGUCCACUAUUGUCGCUCAUUACGCACAAUCAGAUUAAAUUGACUUUCUUUCUUAUCAUUGUAAUAUAACAUUGCGUUCAUACAUAUCAUUAACACAUUUAUACUAUAAAAAAUAUUUAAGAGCAAACUCCAAUUUAAAUGGGACAAAUUAUGUUGGUGUACUCAAAUGUAUUUAGUAAGUGAUUCUCGAGUGAAUUCAUUAUAUUCUAAUAGUAACCGAAUGGUAGCCAUGGCUUACAUGGUAAACUCCUUCAAAAUGACAAGAUGUCGUGUGUUUAUCGUAUUUAUGAAUAAAACGGAAUGAUCAAGUAAAAUAGCCAUCUACUUCGUUGUUUUUGGAGUAGGGGAAAAAGCUGCAUGAAAAUAAAAAAGAAACAUUGUUAAAUGAAACGACGGUGUUCUUGAAUUGAUUUAUCUUAAAUGUUUUUACGUUAACAUUUAUGUUUUUAAUGGACAUUU